AUGUCGGUUUUGAGUAAAGGAAUGAAAUUUGACUGUGAUCGUAAAUUUUUAACGUUCUUCAAAAAAUACCAAAGGGAUAAAAGACAGCUUUUCACUAAGAGAAGUUCAAUUUCGAGCCAGGACAAACAAGUCGCGCACAGAAAUAUUAAUCGAAAAAAGUUUAAGUAUUACACUGUCCUGUAUUGCUGUAAGUACGGUGGACAUGAAUAUGAAUCACAAUCAAAUGGAGAACGGAAACGAGGGACCAGAAAGAUGGGAUGCAAAGCAAAAGUUAGGGCUACUGUCGAUAAAACGGGCCGACAUCUCGUUAUUAGGAAGGCGGACCUGAUCCAUACAGGACACGAUGACCUCGAGGAAUACUUUGAUACGCUCCCAGAGAACAAAAGACUUUCGGACCAAACUACUCAAUAUGUUCUCGACACAAUGAAAUUCGAUCCAAAAAAGGCCAAAUUGUUCGAUUAUUUGGAAACAAAAAAAAACGUACAAUGGGAUUCAAAAGAUCUUGCAAACUUGAAGCGUCGCCAUGAACCAACUAAAAAUGGGAACGAUUACGUGGAGUUUACAAAAAUACUUAAAAAUGAAGAGAUGCGGAAAGCAAUGAGCAAGUGGUCUGAUAUCGUGUUCUGGGACAGCACGUACAGGCUCCUAAACAACAAUUUUGUGUUAUCCUUAUUCCACGUAGAAGACUCGAAUGGCUUCACUAGAACCGUCGGAGUAGGCCUGCUAGCCAACGAAGAGGCGGAAACUUUCAAAUGGCUUCUAACAUGUUUUCGUGAAGCCAACCCUGAAGCUUGUCUGAAAAUUAGGUCCAUUAUGACCGACAAGGAUCCUUCUGAGAGAGCAGCCUUGAGGGAAAUUUUUCCAGAAGUUAACCUCCUGAUUUGCAGUUUUCACGUCCAACAAAUUUUCCAUCGACAAAUAACUGUUGGAAAAAGGGGGGUAACGAGCGAGGAAAAAGAUGACCUCCUUUUAAUUUUGCGAAAACUAGUGUACAGCGAAUCGGAGGAAGAUUACGAUGAAACGUACACUGAAUUUUGUGAAGUUGCUCCAGAAGAAGUGAUCGAUUAUUAUAACACCAACUGGCAUUCGAUAAAAGACGAGUGGGUCCUGUAUCGUAUGAAUGCUCACGGAAAUUUGAAUAAUAAUACAAAUAAUAGAGCAGAAUCGACACAUGCCAAGGGUAAACAAAUAGUUCCACUACACAGCAGUCUGGUAGAGUUCGGCAAAAACAUUUUUGUUUUCUUUCGGGCACAAGCGCGUCAAAUCAAGAUCAAAAGCGGAAAACUGAUGACUACAAAAUCAGCAGAAGCUUUUACAACCGCAGAUGAAAAAAACUAUUGUGAGUUGUUAACUCCAAAAGCCUUUGCCGAAUUGCAACCAGAACUGCUGGAGUACCCUGACGUUCAAAUCAUGAGUAGCAAUGUCGCUCAAAAAGAGUGUUCUUUCGAAUUAAACGGAAGGACAAUCACGAGUUCUUUAACUAAAUGCAAAUGUCUGAAAAAUCGUUCAAUGUUUCUGCCUUGCAAACAUGUAUUUGCUACUCGUGAUUUCUUCGAGCAACCACUUUUUGAUAAAACGUUGUGUGCAGAAAGAUGGUUGAGAGGGUAUAGUGUACAAUGCGAUACUGAAAUUUCCAAACUCACACACUUCCCUAAUUGUAGCCAAUCCUCAAACGGUAGCGUCACACAAAUUAGGCAGUCGAACGAACAUGUCACACUGGAAAAACUUGCAAAGAAGUAUGACACUUCGUUCAACUUGCUGGCUCACGUAGGCAGCUUGUCUGCGAAUCAAAACUUGCAGAACAAGAGUGACUGUUUGCAUGAUGUGAUGGAUUUGUGGGCGAAAGGGAAAAAUGUGCGACUUUCAAAAAUAACAAACAAUGAAUUGAAUGUUAUUCAAUGUACAUUGAAGUUGAAGUCGACAAAUGACAAAAGGCGUCAUCUUUUUUGUAUGAAAAAAACUCCUCGAGAAAUUCAGUUGUCAGAGAAAAAAAUCAAAAUACUAAAUCGACUGCUCUCACUGUGGAAGAAGAAUGUUCCAGUUAUUGCUAAAGAGUCAGAUGGCGAUUGUAGUUUAAAUGAUAGUGCGACCUUGAAUACUAGCGAGAUUAAAGUCGAUCUAACACGACUACUUUGCUGGCACAAAUCUAAAAGGUCGACCUACAUAAUUAACAGCAUCGAGAUCAAAAAUAUGACAGAUUGCGUUCCGGCUGAACAGCGAAUGACGUGUUAC